CUUGGUGGAAAGUUUGGAAUUUGUGACACAUCGGGGGAAGAAGGAGGGAAAAAAAAAUAACCCAAGCAGCAGCAGCAGCGGGAGGAGGAGGAGGAGGAGCAGAUAGAGAAGUUUGACGCUUUGCAGGAGACGGGUUUUUAUACAUAAAAAAAAUCUUAAAGUUUGGAGAAACGACGUGUGCGGCUGGAGUGCGGGUUUAAACCGCCUGUGUUGGGAUAAGGCUUUUUUUUUUUUUUUUUUUAAAGAGAGAAAGCUUUCCACGACACGUUCACUUUCUCUUUCUGAAGCUUCCAGGCAGAAUAAUGAUUGUUGCUGUGUCGAAUGUGUUGAAGACAUUUCCUGUGUGUUUUAAAGGCAUGCUUGAAUGGAAUUAAGCCAGAGUAGGAAAAGGAGGAGAAGAAGAAGAAGAGCUGAACAUUUGGACCGUCCCGGCUUCCCUUUUCAAAAAGUGACGCUUAGCCGAGCUAGUCGCUUUAGCCUGACCCGAACCUGGAGAGGACACACACACACACACACACACACCGAGUCGGAACACGUCUUAACAACUCUUUCUCAUGCUUACACUCGGAUUUCAUGUGGAAGGUUUAUAAGUUCACCGCCUGACACUUUGAGAGUCCAGCACCAUGCCGGUCAGGAGGAAAGAUGCUCAGCGGGCUCUGUUGCUCUUGGAGGAAUACCGGACGAAACUGAACAACACCGAGGACCGCCAGCUGAGGCACUCCAUUCAGAGAGUCAUCGACAUCUUCCAGAGUAACCUCUUUCAGGCACUCAUAGAUAUCCAGGAAUUUUACGAAGUGACCUUAUCGGACAAUCAGAGAUGCAGCGAGCCGAUAAAAGGGAGCCCCGCGCCGGCCGCCAUGAACCUGUGGGACUUCUCCAGCCUCCAGAGUCCGACUGGUACUUCAGACACAAUGCCCAGCAUCAGCACCAGCAUAGAGAAAUACAAACACCAAGAUGAGGACGGGUCUCCCCAGGAGCAGAGCUCGCCCCAGCUCACCGACGACACGCCGGGCCCCGAGCUCGUCCAGGUGGCCGAGAAGAACAUCUCGCAGAUCGAGAACGUCCACGGCUACGUGGCCCACGCGCACAUCUCCCCCAUGAAGCAGACAGAUGCCACCCCUCCUUCCACUCCCAUAAUCCCCGUGAUCCCAAUCUCGCCUGUCCCUGCGGAGGCCGCUGUCAUCCCUUCACCGACGUCACAGGCGAAUCCUCCUCCUGUCGUCGUGAACACGGAAAGCCUGGAUUCAGCCCCUUAUGUGAAUGGCACAGAAGCAGACUAUGAGUACGAGGAGAUUACGUUGGAGAGGGCAAACUCCGGUUUGGGCUUCAGUAUCGCAGGUGGCACGGAUAACCCUCACAUCGGAGAGGACCCCAGCAUCUUCAUCACCAAAGUGAUCCCAGGGGGCGCCGCUGCUCAGGACGGGAGACUCCGGGUGAACGACGUCAUCUUGCGUGUCAACGAGGAGGACGUUCGGGAUGUGACCCACAGCAAGGCAGUGGAGGCGCUGAAGGAGGCGGGGUCACUGGUCAGGCUUUAUGUCAGGAGGAGAAAAUCCGUCUCGGAGAAAAUCGUCGAGCUCAAACUGGUUAAAGGACCUAAAGGUCUUGGUUUCAGUAUAGCCGGAGGUGUAGGAAAUCAGCACAUACCAGGAGACAACAGCAUCUACGUCACCAAGAUCAUCGAAGGAGGCGCCGCGCACAAAGACGGCAGGCUACAGAUCGGAGACAAACUCCUGGCCGUGAACAGCGUGUGUCUGGAAGACGUGACUCAUGAGAAUGCCGUGACUGCCUUGAAAAACACUACAGAUGUGGUGUACCUGAAAGUGGCCAAACCCAACAGUGUCUUCAUGAACGACAGUUUCGCUCCUCCUGAUGUCACGAACUCUUAUUCUCAGCACAUGGAAAACCAUAUCAACACCCCCAACUACCUGAACCAGACGCUUCCAGCAUCCUCCUCUGGGCGCUUUUCCCCUACGCCCAAGACCUCGCAGGGGGAAGAUGACAUGACCAGAGAGCCGAGAAAAGUGGUGUUACACCGCGGGGCCACGGGACUAGGCUUCAACAUCGUAGGUGGAGAGGAUGGAGAGGGAAUUUUUAUCUCCUUCAUUCUGGCAGGAGGUCCUGCUGAUCUGAGCGGGGAGCUGAGGAAAGGAGAUCGCCUCAUCUCGGUGAAUGGAGUGGACCUGCGCAGUGCGACUCACGAACAGGCAGCGGCUGCUCUCAAAAACGCCGGUCAGACCGUCACAAUCAUCGCCCACUUCAGACCAGAGGAGUACAGCCGCUUCGAGGCAAAGAUCCAUGACCUGCGGGAACAGAUGAUGAACAGCAGUAUCAGCUCCGGGUCCGGUUCUCUGAGGACCAGUCAGAAGAGAUCACUAUACGUCAGGGCGCUGUUUGACUAUGAUAAAACCAGGGACUCCGGCCUCCCCAGCCAGGGUCUAAACUUUAAAUUUGGUGACAUCCUGCACGUGGUGAACGCCUCUGAUGAUGAGUGGUGGCAGGCGAGACAGGUCACCGCCGAGGGCGAGGUUGAGGAGAUGGGAGUCAUCCCCAGCAAAAGGAGAGUGGAAAAAAAGGAGAGAGCAAGGUUAAAAACGGUCAAGUUCAACUCCAAAUCACGAGAGAAAGGACAGUCCCUCAAUGACAAGCGUAGAAAGAACCUCUUUUCACGCAAGUUCCCUUUCUACAAGAACAAGGAGACGAGCGAGCAGGAAACAAGCGAUGUGGACCAGCAUGUGACCUCUAAUGCCAGUGAUAGUGAAAGUAGUUACCGUGGUCAGGAGGAGUAUGUAUUGUCCUACGAGCCUGUGUGUCAGCAAGAAGUGAACUACACUCGUCCUGUGAUCAUCCUGGGGCCGAUGAAGGACAGAGUUAACGAUGACCUGAUCUCAGAGUUCCCAGAUAAAUUCGGCUCUUGUGUUCCUCGUGAGUAUCUAAAACGGCACGUCUAUGCCAGUACUCUGAUCAGGAUGUGCAGGGUUUCAAACCGCGUGUCUGUUCCCAUCGUCUCAGAUACGACGCGGCCAAAGCGGGACUACGAAGUGGACGGGCGUGAUUACCAUUUUGUGUUGUCUCGGGAGCAGAUGGAGCGAGACAUCCAGGAACAUAAGUUCAUCGAGGCGGGCCAGUACAACAACCACCUCUACGGCACCAGCGUGCAAUCUGUGCGCGAAGUAGCUGAAAAAGGUAAACACUGCAUACUAGAUGUAUCAGGCAACGCCAUCAAGAGACUACAAGUUGCUGUGCUCUAUCCCAUUGCCAUCUUCAUCAAACCAAAAUCAGUGGAGAAUAUCAUGGAGAUGAACAGGAGGCUGACAGAUGAACAGGGCAGAAAAACGUAUGACCGAGCCAUGAAGCUGGAGCAGGAGUUUACUGAGCACUUCACAGCCAUUGUCCAGGGAGACACAUUGGAGGAAAUCUAUGAUCAAGUUAAGCAGAUCAUCGAGGAGCAGUCUGGACCAUACAUCUGGGUACUAUCCAAGGAGAAACUAUGAAGCGCUGCAAAGCAAAGUCCAUUCUCCCUUUUCUGUUUUAUUUAUUAUCCUUUUGUUUUGUUUUUUCCCCUGUAUUUUUUUUCUUAACAAUUUAAUCCCUGAUCCCAAUCAAGUCUGGAAGCCCAAACCUCGGUUCACAACGACACUUGGGUAGGUGUCCCACAGGUCUGGAUGCUUCGUCCCCUUUCUGAUCUCUACUGCUUCCGGUUUCACAUGGAGAUCAAGGGGCGCGGUCACGCCAAACCUAACAUCCAUUAGCAGGACGUUGGAAACGGUACAGUUCCUUAAUGUUUAAGGGAGGAUGCUUUUUACAGACGAGAUACAUGGACUGAGCUGGAUGCUUUCUUUUCCUCUUUCCUCAUUGUGUAUGAUGUUGAUACAGAGGUUGAAUCUCAGGCAUCAGAAUCAUAAAAUAGCAGAAAAUCAAUUAUAAAAAGCAAAACUUUGCACGUUAUAGCUUUAAGAGCAUGUCGUCUUUAACUUUUAGUUUUUUCAUUUUUUUCUUUUCACUCUAGUUCCAUGUUUUACCUAGAUCAUACUUUUUCGUUUAUUAGAUUUUCUGUUCACUCUGUCAAUAUUCAGGAUUUUGUUUUUGUUUUUUUCGACCAGCGUGCGUUUGUACAGGAUCGAAUCACGUUUCAUUCAUCAAUGUCACAACUGUUUAUUUCCCAGUGUGUCUUACAUACAGAACAUCAGUUUCACUUUGAUUUUUACAUGUAGAAAAGUCUGCCAUUUGUAAGGAACUGCCAUUAAGAGAUGUCUGUGUACAUCUGUGGCUUAAAAUGCCAAUGCGUAGCUGAAAGAAAAUUUAUUGUACAAUGAAAUCUUAACAGAUAUUUAACCCUCCAUGAACUGCCUAUUUUGUUAUAAUAAAAGUCUAUAGUAAACUUUACUUAAGCAUUAGUACUGCGGGAGUUAUUUUCUUUACAUUGUAAGACCUAAAAAGCAACGAGGAAUUUUUCAAAGACUUAUAAUACGGAUAUAUAUUUUUCCUUUUGGUUUUGUCGGCCUUCUUUAUUUUCUUACACUGACACGGCAUGCUGACUGACAGGAAGGAACGAAGAAAGAAAGUGAGGUGCGUCACUGAGCUCUGUCCGCUCCUGCCUGCUCUGUAAACGUCUGUGCUGUGUGAAAGAGCCGAGCGCCGCCGUGUCCCGGUGCAUUCGCUAUCUGUCACAGACGCUCAGUGUGUGAACGCAUCGGGCUGAAACUCCUGCUUUUCUAAACCUGUCCAGGAGAGGGCGCUUCUCGCACCUGGGUUGUUUUCUAUACUGAGACUGUUCAUUCUGCCACCUCAGCACUUCUGCUUUUUAGGGACAUUUUGGGACUGGAAAAAAAUAAAUCAAUCCAUGUAAAUAACAUACUGAUCUGAUUCAUUCCAUUGAUCCGAAAUAAAACCAGAGGAAAGACGGAUAAUUCAUCAAAUAAAACAGUUUCUCAUACA